UUAUUAUAUAACUCGAAAGCAAACAUAUACCAAAAGACAAAUCCUCAAAAUCUAGGGUUUCCUCGGAUCCAAUUUUUUUCCUUUUUUUUAGAAGAUACUUCGAUUGCUGCCAGCGUGUGAGUUGUGUCCCAAUCGCUUCUCUUACGAGCUUUUCCAUUGGUGGUUGUUCGAUUUCUAUAAAUUUUUCUGGGUUUUGUUUUAAAAUUUCUUCAAAGUCGUGAGUGGUGCGUUUAUAGGGUUCCGAGAAAUUUUCUCCCCGGAAGAGGGUUUCACUUUAUUGGAGUUGAGAGGCUUUUGCUGCGAAUUCCGUCUGAGAUGCAAUCGAAACUCGGAGGUGGAAAUGAAGCAGAAUCCAAUUCCCAUGUAGUGCCCCACCCGAUGAUGUAUCAGGAACCAUGGUGGCGAAAUAACGCAUUCGGUACGGUAUCUCAAGCCAGAACCACUGCAAUUCCAUCGAAUUCGUCGUCUUUGGAUUGCUCGAAUGGUUCAGAGUCGAACGAUGUCCAGUCAGAGUCCGAGGAUGGUGCUCUGAACGGUGGAACUUGUAAGGAUUCACAAGCAGCAACUUCCGUACGCUCAGAAAAUCGUGGACAUGAUGGCAAUGACAUGGCGCAUAUGUCAUCAUCUAUGUCAGCCAUGCAUGAUCAGCAGCUCGCACAACCUCCAGAGCUUGUUGGACACUAUAUUGCUUGUGUCUCAAAUCCAUAUCGGGAUCCAUACUAUGGUGGAAUGAUGGGAGCUUAUGGUCAUCAGCCAUUGGGUUUUCCUCCAUAUGUUGGGAUGCCUCGCGAGAGAACUGCUUUGCCACUUGACAUGACACAAGAGCCUGUUUACGUGAAUGCGAAACAGUACGAGGGAAUACUAAGGCGAAGAAAAGCUCGUGCCAAGGCGGAGCUAGAAAGGAAAGCUAUUAAAGAUAGAAAGCCAUAUCUUCACGAGUCACGCCACCGGCACGCAAUGAGAAGGCCAAGAGCUAGUGGAGGAAGAUUUGCAAAGAAAUCCGAGGUUGAAGGUUCAGAGACCGCAUCGAAAGAAAGAGAAACCGGAUCUGCUGAAUCCCAUUCCGCUACCAACUCAUCGGGUUCUGAACCGAGACCCUGAAUUUUUCAUAGAUGACCUGCCCUCUCUCCCUCUGGUUAGCCCCAAAUAGGAAGCUAAUCUUCAUUGGGGGAACUUCGGUUACUAUAUAUCUCAAUCGCCAACCAUUCUUGAGUCUUUUCUGUGUUGAGAUUUAGUGGGAGGAAAGUUCAUGUACACGCAUGCAGCCCCUGUUUCUGUCGAUUUCCUGUGUUUGCCGAUUUUGUACAGAAGAGAGCGUAUACUCUGAGUAUUAGGGUUUAGAUUCGGACACAGGUGAAAGUUGUCGGAUUCUUGAAAACAUAGGUUUUCAAUCUAUAUUCGAGCUGUAACGUGUUAUUGAGGAGAUGUAUUAUUUAUUACAUUU